UCCUCCUUCUGACACAUAACCCAUACACAAACUUUUUUACUUUUUUUACUACUGCUAUUGUUCUCCAUCUACCCUUCUUAUAUAUACAAAAAAUAACCCUCGUUCCUUUUUUAUUUACUCUAGAUUCAUGGCUUCUUCCUCUUCUUUGCCACCCUCAGUGCCGCUGCCAACGCUUCAGCUUGCAGAAAGCGUGGCGAUGGACAGACAACAGGCGGCCCUGACGGCCUCGCGCAUGACGACGCGUGCACCUCUGCGCAGCCUGAGAGCAGCGCUCCUCCAGGACACAAGGACGGACGAAAGCGACGACGCUUCCGCAGCAGCAGCGGCCGGGCUUCUUCAUCCGGACGCAGCCCACGGGCACAACGACGGCGACGACACCACUGACGGCGGCGUACUCAACCUGUCGGGGCCACGAUCACUCACGAACAGCAGCGGGACCAAGCGGACGAGCACUCGGGACGCUCACAAGCGGCCACACACCAACACGACGCAUCCUGGCGUGGCUGCGCCGCGGCAGAUGGAUACCGGGUUGGACACUGUGGAGGCGCGUGUUCCGACGCCAUCGAUGUACUGGUCGCAGGCAAAGACAUGGGGCGCGCGGCCGCCCAAGAUGCGGUCCCAGACGGUCAGCAUCAUCGGAUCCAAUAUGUAUGUGUUCGGCGGAUGGAACAACACUGUGUGCUACAGCGACGUGUACGUGCUGGAUACAGAGACGAUGUUCUGGUCGCGCAUGCAGACAACCGGCGAUGACGUGCCGCCCUGCCGCGCGCACACGACAACCGCUGUCGGCCACCGGCUGUUUGUAUUUGGCGGCGGCGACGGGACGCAGUAUUUCAACGAGCUGUUUGUGCUGGACACGCGCUCGUACGCGUGGACGCGGGUGGUCGUGUUCGGUGGGUCCGACGGACAGGAGUGCUUCGGGGACACGUCGCUGCUGAACCUCGACACGCUGGAGUGGUCGCACGUGGCGAUCGACCCGCCAUUGACGCGGCUGGCACAUUCGGCGACGCUGGUUGGCAUGUACCUGUUUGUCAUCUGCGGCCACGACGGGUCGGACUACUCCAGCCAGGUGCUGAUGCUGAAGCUGGAUACAUUGCGGUGGGAGACGCGGAUGAUCUACGGGUCGGCGCCGAUUCCGCGCGGGUACCACGCGUGUGCGCUGCACGAUGGCCGGUUGUUCUUGCAUGGCGGGUAUAACGGCCAGGAGGUUUUUGAUGAUCUGUAUACGCUUGAGCUGAGCUCAUACUCGUACCUUCCCCAGGUUCCGGAAUUUGUUAUCGGAUGCCAUCGCUAACACCCCCUCGAGGAAAGACUGCGCUUCUUUGUGUUAUUUUUUUGCAUUUUUCAGUUUGGGAACUGCUCGCGAAUAUGUUUUGUGAGCCACUAUCCCCCCUCUUUUUUACACUCUUUUUUGAACCCACAUUUGCAUUCCAGUUGCAAUGUAAGAUUCCGUUUCUUUUUUCGUCUUUUUUUAGCUAGUUGGUUUUUUCCAACUUUUUUCUUUAACCUUACGUGUUUCUUUAUCCUAUCAAUCUUUAAUAAACCUUUACAUGCCUUUAA